CCCAUUUCAUGUAGAGUUCAGAGAGAGAGAGAGAGAGAGAGAUAAUGCAAAGGAACCCUAGGCCGGCGUUACUGUGGGUUAAGGAGGUGACGACGAGAAGACUGUGUACGGUAACAGUAAGGCCUCCGAGUCGGACUAAGCCGUCGUCGUCACUCGGGGCUAACAUUCUGAGGGGAUCGAAAGAGGCUUCUUCUCUUUAUCACCGAAUCACAGCUUUGGGCACCAACAGUGAAGGCGUUAUCCGCACACUGGACCAGUGGGUGGACGUUGAACGCAAGACCUUGUGUACUUACGACAUCACCUGUUUCAUCAAUCAGCUUCGCAGAUACAAGCAAUUCAACCACGCACUCCAGCUAUUGGAAUGGUUAGAAAAGAAAGGUGUUCCCUUAUCACACAGUCACCAUGCGAAGAAGAUAGAUCUCCUAUACAGAUCCAAGGGUGUUAUGUCAUCGGAGAAAUAUUUUAUGGAGCUUCCUAGCCCUACAAAGAAUGACUACCUAUAUGGGGUACUUCUGAAUUGUUAUUGUCGAGAGAAAAUGGUUGAUAAGGCAAUGGAACUAGUCAAGAAAAUGAAGGAACUGAACUUUGAUGCAACUACUUUUGCAUAUAACAGUCUAAUGACCCUAUACGUGAAGUUGGGUGAGCCUGAGAAGGUUCCCCUUCUAGCACAAGAGAUGAAGGAGAGACGAGUACUGCCAGAUCUUUGUAGCUAUCAUUUGUUGAUGAGCAGUUAUGCUUCUUUAAAAGAUAUUGAAGGAAUGGAGAGAAUUGUGGAGGAAAUGAAUGCAGGGGGAAGGAUUGAACCUAAGUGGUCUGUGUAUGCCAAUCUGGCUUCUCUUUACAUUGCAUCCAACCUCUUUGAGAAGGCUGAGUUGGCUCUUAAAGAGAUUGAGAAAAGAAAAAAAAGUAUGGAUCGAUUGGCCUUUCAUUUCCUCCUUAGCAUGUAUGCUAGUAUUGGCAAAGCAAGUGAGGUUAGUCGUGUGUGGCAAACUUUAAAAUCUGCAUUUCCAAGGACUACCAACUUGAGCUAUCUCACUAUGCUUCAAACCCUUGCGAGACUGAAUGAUAUGGAUGGACUCAGAAAUUGCUUUGAGGAAUGGGAGUCAAAUUUCUUGACCUAUGACAUAAGGUUGGUCAAUGUUGUCAUACUUGCUUACCUUAAGCAGGACAUGAUUGAGGAAGCUAAGCUGAUUUUUGAAGGUGCCAUAAAUAGAGGAUCGAAGCCCAACUCUGCAACCUUCAUGAUGUUUGUGGAUUUCUAUAUGAAAAACAAACGUACAAAUUUGGCACUGAAGUUUUUGGAGAAAGCCAUUCUAGAUGUGAAGGAGCAUGAACGGGAGCUGUACGAAGAAAGAGCACAACAGCUUAAGAAGCAAUUUGAGAAAGAAAAUGAUGUUGGUAGCACUGAGGAGCUCCAGAAGAUCUUGAAGCAGGCUAAGCUUUCUCAGGGAGAACUUUAAUUUUUCUGAUGGGAAGGCUCAGCCUAAGAUUUGCCAGUAGAGGAAAGCAGAUUGCAAUGGUUGUCUCUGAGGCAAGCUGUUUGUGUUCCUUAAUGGAUCGAUCAUCUUUCGAGCCUUUACUCACUGUUGAUGGGUGAAAACCAAGCAUGAGAAGUUGAAAACCACUUUCAUGAAGAAAUGCAUUUCAACUCAAUUCCCAAAUAAGAAAAAUGCCAGUGAUGCAAGUUCCAUUGAUACUGUGAAAUUUUGAAGUUUGUCAGUGUAAGAAAUAUUUUACUCAUGAUUUGAUGACCAUGAAUGGAAAUUGCCAUUUUUUAACUA